UUUUUUUUUGUCAUUCCUACUGGGUAAAGCCUCGUCCUAAUGGCGAUGAACCGCCAUCGUUUCUACGCGUCAAGUGUGGUACCCCGGACCCUGUGUUUCUUGUUAAACUUUAAUCAUUGUUUCUAUCUCCGCUUCGGCAUUUUUGUCGGUAGGCCUUUUUUUUCUUUCUUAUAACACACUGCCUGUCUGAACAGUAGAACUAUGGCAGAAGAUCAGAUUGACGAUGUACUCUUUCCGGUCCCCGCGCGACUGCUGGAUCCUGCACAGUGUCCGGAGCCAUACAUCUCCUCGAUGAAGCAGUAUCGUGAGAUGUACCGACAGAGUAUCGAGGAGCCCGACCAAUUCUUUGGCAAGCUGGCCACCGAGCUGUUGACCUGGUUCAAGCCGUUCCAUACCGUCCGUCACGGCGGUCUCAAGUACGGUGACACGGCCUGGUUCCUGGACGGCCAACUGAACGCCUCCUACAACUGCGUCGAUCGGCAUGCGCUCACUACUCCAGAUAAGGUCGCUAUCAUCUACGAUGCCGAUGAACCCAAUCAAGUUGAACAUAUCACCUACGGUCAGCUUCUCCGUCAAGUCAGCCAACUUGCUGGGGCCCUGCGUGCCCGCGGCAUCCGGAAGGGCGACACCGUCGCGAUCUACAUGCCCAUGAUACCCGAGGCAGUCAUCGCUCUCCUGGCCUGCACGCGCAUCGGUGCUCUCCACUCCGUCGUCUUUGCGGGCUUUUCGUCCGAGGCUCUCAGGGACCGUGUUCUCGACGCCAAAUCGCGCCUGGUCCUCACAGCCGACCAGGGCAAGCGCGGUGGCAAGACCGUCGACACCAAGAAGAUCGUUGACGAAGCCCUUAAAGCUUGUCCGUCCGUCGAGACUGUCAUUGUCUCUCAGCGCACAGGCGCCGAUGUUCCCAUGAAAGCCGGACGUGAUUACUGGUGGGGAGACGAAGUUUCAAGGCAACCGAGUUACAUACCAGCGGAAAUGAUGAAUUCGGAGGACCCCAUGUUCCUGCUAUACACCUCAGGAUCGACGGGCAAGCCCAAGGGCGUGAUGCACACUACUGCGGGAUACCUCCUUGGAGCGAUCGCGACCGUCAAAUAUGUCUUUGAUUACCAUCCAGGUGAUAUUUUUGCCUGCAUGGCGGAUGUAGGCUGGAUCACUGGACACACCUAUAUUGUCUACGGUCCCUUGGCUCUGGGCGCGACAACGGUCUUGUUCGAGUCCAUCCCGACCUACCCAACGCCCUCUCGCUACUGGGAACUGAUUGCGAAGCACAAAGUCACCCAGUUCUACACAGCCCCGACCGCUAUUCGGGCCCUCCGUCGGUUGGGCGACGAAUGGGUCGAGGGCCACAAUCUGUCGAGUCUUCGUGUCCUUGGCACGGUCGGUGAACCCAUCAACCCAGAGGCCUGGCACUGGUACAACGAAAAGAUCGGAAAGGGCCGCUGCGCGAUCGUCGACACCUACUGGCAGACCGAGACCGGUUCGCACGUUAUCACACCCUUACCUGGCGCUAUCCCGACCAAGGCCGGAUCGGCGACCCUGCCGUUCUUUGGUAUUGACCUUGCGAUCUUGGAUCCCGCCAGCGGCAAGGAACUGAUUGGCAACGAUGUGACGGGCGUGUUGGCGAUCAAGCGUGCCUGGCCCUCAAUUGCCCGUACAAUCUAUGGUGACCACCAACGAUUCCUGGAGACGUACCUGAGGCCCUACCCGGGAUACUACUUCACCGGCGACGGCGCAACGCGUGAUAAGGACGGGUAUAUCUGGAUCUGUGGACGUGUCGAUGAUGUGAUCAACGUCUCGGGCCAUCGCCUGUCAACUGCCGAGAUCGAGUCUGCGCUGAUCAUGCAUCAUGCCGUGGCCGAGACAGCCGUUAUUGGUGCGGACGACGAGGUGACGGGUCAGUGCAUCCAUGCGUUCGUAUGUCUCAAGCCGGGCUUGAACCAUCAUGCUGGGGGCCUGGGCAAGGAGCUUAUGAUGCAGGUUCGUAAGGUCAUUGGGCCCUUCGCGGCACCAAAGAGGAUUUAUCUGGUCGAGGACCUGCCAAAGACACGGUCUGGAAAACUGAUGCGCAGGGUCCUAAGAAAAAUUGUUGCGGGCGAGACCGACUCCUUGGGAGAUAUCUCGACACUUGCGGAUCCGACUAUUGUCGAUAUUCUGAUUGCGCGUGUUGCCAGGGCGUAAGAUUAACUUUAACAAAAAAAUAAAAUAAAACAAAAUAAAAAAGCGU